AUUUAAACGGGUAUCAUAUGGUUCAACUACAUAUAUGUUUGAAAGAUGACAUCGGUCAGGUAUGGUCAUUUGGUUAUAGUUAUUCGUCACUGUGGAGUAAUGUUGACCAAAGAAUUGUUCUUGAAAAGAGUUAGUGAUAUAACACCGAGUGGAUCUGAUAACCCGUGGACUGUUGAUGAUUUCUUAAAAGAAAAUAAAAAAGAAUUACUCGGGUAUAAACAUAUAAAAUCAAAACAACAUAUAUUCUACCCUGGAGAGAUGGUGAAAGCAAAUGUCGAUGAGUGGGAAUUGAGUACGUUUUGUCUCCUGCUAUUGGAGUUCUGUAAAUUACCGAAAAAGAUUCGCCAGGAUAUACUUUGCUUGAAGCAUCUAAGAAACAAGGUUGUGCAUUUUGGAGGAACUAAAGAUAUUCCAGAGGGCAUGUAUAAAAGUUAUAUAGAAAAGAUGAAGCGUAUCUUUAGACUAUGUGAGGAAGAACUAAACAAUGAAAAACUAAAAUCAGAACUAGACAAAAUUAUUGAAAAUGAUCAAAAUAUUCAUGAAAAGGACGUUGAAGAAGGAGAGAAAGAAUUAAAGCAAUGGUUCAUAGAAGAUCAAACAUUUAACAUUGGAAUUUCAAUAGAAAACGAUGGGAGAGAUGUAGGCGAAGUAAAGACAAACUUGUUGGAUUAUCAUAUGAAGUUUGAAGAAAAUGACCGAUCAACAAAUAUAGAGAUAUCGAUAUCAAUAGGUAUAGGGUGGCAAGGUGAACACAAGCAAUCGGGAGAACUUGCUGAAGCCCAACAGGACAUAUCAUCUGGUACAAGUUCUUCAGGGGAGUCCUCAGCAAAGAGAACGUUCAGGAUUUCCAUAGAGAAAAUUAGAGGUGAUGUUCGUGAAAUGGGAGAUCCUGAUUUUGAAAACGUUGGACCUGGUUCUAUUAUAUUCAAGUUCACAUGUUCUUCAGUAACGUCACUGAUAUACCUUCUAGAUUACUUCAGUGGACCAAUCAUUCAAAGAAGAUUGCUAGAUAUGACAAUGGCAAUUGAAGAAAUGAUAGAUGAUCUUGUGACAUUGCAAGUUUAUGUUCCAAGUAAAGCAUAUGAGGAAACAAUAAAAACAUUAG